CAUGUAAACCUGUAGAUGGAAACACUGCACUUCUGUGCCGGUGUUGUUGUGUGUAGUGUGAAGCAGCAGAAGCAGCAUCCGCUAAGAUGUCUGCACCGAAAACAAUCCCAAAAGAUGCUCAGGUGAUGAUCCAGAUCCUGAAGGACAUGGGCGUGACGGAGUACGAGCCUCGAGUCAUCAACCAGAUGCUGGAGUUCACCUACAGAUACGUGACGACGAUCAUCGAAGACGCCAAGAUCUACGCGUCUCAUGCCAAGAAGUCUGCGGUGGACGCCGACGACAUCAAGCUGGCCAUCCAGUGCCGGAUGGACCAGUCUUUCACCUCGCCGCCACCGCGAGACUUCCUGCUGGAGGCGGCGCGGCAGAAGAACCAGACGCCGCUGCCGCUCAUCAAGCCCUACACUGGCCCGCGCCUGCCGCCCGACCGCUACUGCCUCACCGCGCCCAACUACCGCCUCAAGUCCAUCCAGAAGAAGGUGUCGUCAUCCGCCGGCCGGAUAUCGGUGCCUCGCCUUAGCGUCGGCGCUGUCUCCAGCAGACCCACUACGCCCACACUGGGAACCCCUUCAGUCCAGUCAGUCUCCUCUAAGGUUGGAACCCCGGUGUCUCUGACGGGUCAGAGGUUCACGGUCCAAAUCCCUCCGCCCUCCCAGACGGCCACCACCAAAACCACAACAGCGGCGUCGCCGGCUGUGUCCAAUGUCCUGAUCAACCCGUCUCUGAUCGGCUCCAAGAACAUCCUGAUCACCACCAACAUGGUAGCUCAGAACGCCGGCGGAGACGGUCUGAAGAGGAAACUUGAAGACGACGACGACUACGACACUUUAUGACCACAGCUGGACUCAGACGUAGAUGCUGGUUUCUAGAAGCUGAACCAGGACAACUUCUGCUUGCAUUUUCAAUAAAUUAAAUAAAACCUGAAACCAAACGU